AUGGUCGACUUUGGUGAGAAGUUCCAGCUGAGCCGCUGGUUCAACGCCAGCUCCAAUAGCAGCAGCACGCACUCGACAGAUAGCGAAGACGGCAACGGCACAGGGUCGGUGGAUGACGCUGCAAUGUCAUCGUCCAGCGUGAACCUGACCGAGUGUUUUAUCUGCCAAAUGCCCAAUCCCGAGUACAUGUCGACGAACACGGUCAAGAAAGCGCCACCAGUGCCCGUGUGCUCUGUUGGCUGUGAGGCCAAGUAUCUGGAACGGAAAGGUAUGCGGCCGUCAAGUAGUGCCUCCAGAAACGCAGAUCCGAAGCUCUGUUCCAUGUGCCAUGCAGCUACUUCAGUGUACGCGGUCAGCAGUCGCAGUUCGGUGACGCGAGUGUGCAGUAAAGAGUGCGAAGAAAGACUCCUCCGUCAUAAAAAGCGACGUGUGGACACGGAAGAAGACGGCAGCACGCUGGGUAAGCGUUCCUGUGGUGAGAACGCAGCGCCUGCCAAGCGUCAACGCCGCACGCUCAAUUUCUUGGGUGACCAGCUGCUUGGCAAGUCGGACGGCAAAGGCUACAAAAGCUGGUGGCUUGGAGCUCUUGCUUUCUAUGACUUUGUGUACCAACGCCAUGGAAUGUGGCACAGCUACUCAAUCAGUAACGACGUGCCGCGUGUGGACACGUGUCUGAUUAAAUUUGCAACCUGUAACAUUUAUCGCGAGCUAGACCGCAGCACGGCGUACUUUCGGAAGCAUGUCCUUCGAUGGCAACAAUCUCACCACGGGCAACUGUGUCUUCGCGAGGUUUUGUGGAUGGCGGUCGCGUUCAGGUAUUGCAAUCAGCUGGAAACUUUUUACAAGCUGAAAGGUAUCCCCGGCUCGGACGACUUCCCUCUGUUUAAAAAGCGUCUGCUGGCUUUAGCAAAACGUGGGGACGCUUGCGAUGUCAUGGCGGGCAACCGUGAGCUUACGGUGAGUACCUAUCUAGAGACACUGGAGACAUUUUUGCAGAACAUUGAUGACACGACAGUGGCAGUGAAGGGGUGUACCACAUACAAGGACAUCUUCGAUACGCUCCGCAAGUUCGAAGACAACGCUCUUGGAUCAUUCACGUGCUGGCAAGUCGUCUGCGACCUGAUGGAACUACACAUGCUGGCCGACAACAUCCCUUUGGACGAAUUCGUAUGGCUCACCUUGGAUGCGAGAAAGAGCCUCGUGCAGAUUUUUGGCAAAAGCCGCGCGCGCCCGUCGGAAUAUGUCGCGCUUACACGAUUGUUGCAGCAGCGCCAACUCCAAGGGUUCAAGGCUCUUCAGGUGAAAUUUCCUUUCUUUAUGAACCAGAAGCUGGACCUAAAGAACAUUGGACACGCGCUGCACAGCUUUCAGGUCUACCGCAACAUGAAACUCAUCGAGCAUAAGCAAAUUCACAAGCAGGAGCCCGGCACGUCGCAGCCUGUUGUGUACAGCUCGCGCACGUACAUGAUGGACUCGGAGAACUGCGAGAUCUGCUCACGUCCGGAUUAUGAGGACGAGUUGGUGCUGUGUGACAUGUGCCAGCGCAUGUUUCACAAGUACUGCAUCAACAUGAACGAGCUACCACCGGCCUCGUGGGUGUGCACCUCAUGCAAGACGCUGCAGAACUAUCCGCGGGAAGGUCUGCGUGUGGAGCAGGAAGUCAUUUCAAUUGAUUGA